AUGAUUGCAUGUAGGCGUUCAACUGUUGCACGUUCACUUCGAUUCAGCAAAUGGAAAGCUUUCCUGAGAGAGCGUAAAUCAUGCUAUCAUCUUACGAGGCGUACCAGUCAGCAACUCACUUUUGACAGUAUUAUACAUGAUCUCACACAACAAACUACAGCUGCAAAAAAGAUUAAUGAAGUUAAAUUUAAAGAAGUAAUCAAUUUUAAAUAUCUUCAGCAUAGCCGGCAAUCGGUAACUUCUGCUAGAAAGAACUCAGAGAGAAGCACAAGAUCAGAGAUUAUCGAAUUUCUCAUAGAAUGUGGAAUACCGUAUAGUCUAACUCCAUAUUUGGGUGAUAUUCGCACGAAAUGUUUGCACUGCAAGUCGCUGGACACAGCCUGCAUUUCAUUUCGUGACACCAGUAUAAUGUGCACUGCAUGUGGCCAUGCAACUACAUUCGACAUUUUCAAGAAGUUGCUGUUAGAAGAGGUCGAACAACAACCAGUGGAAGAGAAAAAACCAUUCGUUUUACGUCCAUUAUUACAAAAAGAUCCGAAAGAAGGCACGUGGAAAUACGUCACAGCGUUACAAGUACCAAAAAAAGAAGAGCUCACUGUGAAAGAAGGACGUGAAAAAGGCAACCAUUUGCCUGCAAUGGACGAUGCUAGUCGUUUGACCUAUUAUCUCAAUAUUUUUUUUCUUAUUAUUCAUAAAUUGGAGGAAGAUUUAGAUUCGGAUCUAUAUGAUAAAGUAAGUUACUUGGAUCUCAUAUCUCAAUACGAAGAAAAGGAGCGUCAAAGAAAAAUAAAAGAAGCAGAAGAUUUUCGCCUCUUGCGUGAACAGGCUGAUAAGAUAUCACCGCGCAUAUUUGACGACGAUCACAAUCCAAAACAUUCUUCUGAUGCUACAGGUAGUCCACUGAAUAUGUUUUCUGAUCCGACUCUUCGACUAAUCUGGAUGGAUGCAGUAGAUUUGCGUGAAUUAAAGGAUCACUCCGAGCAAAGCGAAUUCCUAGUACUUAGAAGACUUCUUGGCAUUGAUCGCAUAUCAUAUGAUACCCUUUCGCGAUAUCACAUCAAAGGACAUUUAGAUAAUUUUAUGAGAGCUGGAUUAUGCUAUCCAAGAUAUCGAGGGCCUAGCAGUCGUGUACGAUUACCAGCAGGGUUGAAAGUUAUUCGAAAAGUUGGUAGUGAUUGCUUGGAGAAGGAAAAUUAUCCUGGAUCGGAUACUGAAGGAAAAUCAUCGUUUUCGGGAAUUUUUGGCUAUCACUUGGUCACUGCAUUAGACCGGCGUAUUAUACUGACCACAAAUGAACGUGAUGCUCUGGCGGUAUUCGAAGCCACCGGUGGAAUGCUAUGUAUAGCGUUGCCCAAAGGUGAACAACUGGAUACAAGUGUACUUCCAUACUUGGAAGAUUUCGAUAUGGUUUAUCUUUGGUUUCCCUAUGUUCAGGAAAAAUAUGCAAAGGAUUAUGCAUCACUGUUGAAUGCUAAUCGUUGCUUCAUUGUUGACAACCAUGAGCGCCCAAUUGAACUGCUGCGUUCUGAUCGUAGACGUGAAAUUAAUAAAGCAAUUCGAGAGGAGUCGAUUCGUUUACGUGGCAAAGGAUUUCGUUCAUUAAUUGAUGUACGAAGUGAAUUGAAGUCUGAGUUGGUUAAAGAUCAGAUGAAGAUGAAUGGUGUUGCACAGUGGAAACGAUUUGACUUGCUGAACCGAUUUAUGCGUGGAUUUCGACCCGGAGAGAUGACCGUUAUAACAGGAGGUACAGGUUUCGGCAAGACAACAUUUCUUUGCGAAUAUGCUCUGGAUCUUCUUGUUCAAGGGGUUCGUACUCUAUUCUGCAGUUUCGAAAUGCCGGAUGAAAAAAUCCUGAAAUGGAUGCUUGUGCAAUUUGCAGCUUUUGUUAGACCAGCACAUCUGCGAAGUAUGGCGAAGUCUCGAACGGUUCAUAAUGGAGUGAAAUUACCUUUAUACAAAGUAGAACAUCAUCCAGCCGUUGAAUUAUGGAUUGAUCGUUUCGAAAGAACUAAAGGAGAAUUGAUUAUUAUGAAAGCAGAUGAAUUCCGGAAUCGUUCCGUCAAUCAGAUAGCCAGUGCGAUCAGAAAUCAAGUUAUAGCAGGUGAAAUCGAACACGUUGUAAUUGAUAAUUUACAAUUUCUAGUAGGCCUUGCAAUUUUGAACGAUGAGACAGCGAAUUCAUUCGAACGAUUCCAUCAGCAGGAUCGUUUUAUCGGUUUGAUGCGAAGUAUUGCCACUGAUUGUAUGACACAUAUUACAAUGGUAGUCCAUCCUCGAAAAACCAAUGGUGGCGAAGAUCUCGACAUACAUCAUUUCGGAGGUUCGGGACGAGUUACUCAAGAGGCGGAUAAUAUUUUUGCAAUACAACGUCGACGAGAUGAAGCUGACCGACGUAGAUUCCGUAAAUUUUUAUAUAUUCUGAAGAAUCGAUAUGGUCAAAGAAAAGUUGAGGAUGAUACGAUUGAAAUGAUCUUUCAACCGGCUACAUACACACACACGUUGGUUGACCUAUCUGUAGGUCCAGUGAGCUCAUCCUCUAAGUGA